GAUUAUGCUCUCUGUCUGCUGUGUUUUAAGAUGUGUUUAACUUAAUACGCAUUUUAUUUUUGACUUUCUAAUAGAGACGGUUACGAUAACGUGAUAAUUUAAUUGUUAAAUGUUCACGCGUUUAUUAAAGACAUUUGAUAACUUUUCAAACAUCAGUUGAUAUUUUAUCCAUCUGAACAGCAUCAUGAGCCGGUACAUCACAAGACUGAGAAUGAGAAGAACAUACAAGUGGAACGGAAGACCGAUCGAUGAAGACAGGAAACUGAAAAGGCAAUACUACGAAUCCAUGACAAUUUCUGUUGAGGGAAGGACGGAGAAUGCAUCCGUGUCGUUAGGCCAGUACAUUCUGAUCGAAGGGGAUGAUGAUGACAAUCCCUUUGUGGCACAACUUCUCAAACUCUACUAUGAUGAUACAGGAAAGAAAAAGACCGCGGUAGUGCAGUGGUUUGUGCGUUUGUGUGAAGUACCACCAAACAAGCGAAAACUGUUGGGCAGAGACCCCCAUCCUCAGGAGAUUUUUUAUUACGAGGACCGCUCUUGUGAUAAUGAAGUGGAUGCAGAGACUAUUCUUGCCGCAGUACAGAUUGAUUAUGUCCCAGCUGAAGCUCCUUUUCCAGAGGGCAAGAGCAAAGACAUACUAUUUGCCAAACUCUUAUGGGACACCAAAGCCUUCAGAGUGUUGGAUCCUGAGCUGAUGCAACCCCCUCAGAGCCCCAAAUCCCCACCACCAUCCUCACGGUGGUCUCAGGCUAGGAUUCUUCCAACCCCAGACCCUACGGUAAUGAAGCGGGCCAUUUCAAGCACCAUCACCCGCGGCAGCAUGAGCACCGGCAAAAUGACCUCCGCUGAGGCAGAAUCUCUCCAUUCGGCCUCCAAACUAUCAGCAGCUAAAGCUCUUAGUGCAAAGAGGAGAAGCAGAGUUGCCUCUGGACCAAAUGUUCGCAAGAAGCUGGAUUUGUGCAGUCCAGGUAAAAACAUGACUCGUGAUGAUGUUCUGGGACAGAUUCUUGAUGAACACAAUGAGACAUCGCUGACUUCUCGGUUAAACACGUCUCCACCUGGCCGCAUUUCAAUUAGACUGACUCCACUUAAUCUUAAUGAUGAGGAGGCUAAUACUUCUCUGUCCUUACACAGCCCUGAUAAACUGGAUAAAGACAGUGCAUCCAGUGCCUUUGCUGAUGAAGAUCCAGAGCCACUAAUAAGUACAGGCAGAACGCCCCGGAAAAGAGAGGCAACCCCCAGGAGAACAGGUUUAAGAGGCCUGAAGCCGAGAACUCCAUCCAGGAGGAAUGAUUCCUCUGCACUCAGAGAGCCAGCACUGGCUGCUCUAGCUGAAGAGGAGCAUGAAAAUUCACCCGUCCAGAGUGCUACUGUUAAUCCUCGUUCUAAGAGGAAAUCUGCUCAGCUUGUAUCCUCACGCAUCAGAAAGCAGCUGAAUUUGCAGGGCAACAAGUGUGACCUGCAGUCAGAUGGUGAGGAUGGAGAUGAUAAUGAUGACUGCUUCAUACCUGCUAAUAUUGACCUUCAGAGCAGCAGCGAUGAGGAUGCAGAGGCAAAGAUGGACAGUGAAGAUGAGCUCAUAGUGAAGAGGCGCAGAGGUUCUCAAACACCACGCACUUCAGAGAAAACCCGGGCCUCUUCCAGAACCCCACGCAAAACACCCAGCAAGAAGAUUCUUCCAACCACCCCACGUACACCACGUCAUGUCACUCCCAGCAUUCCUAGCAGGAGUGCGCCAGCCAGGAAACCAGGGAAUGUUCUGGAAGAAGCACGGGCACGGUUACAUGUUUCUUCAGUCCCUGAGUCAUUGCCAUGUCGAGAACAAGAAUUCCAGGACAUCUACAACUUUGUGGAGAGCAAGGUUAUUGAUGGCACUGGAGGGUGUAUGUAUAUCUCCGGUGUUCCUGGCACUGGCAAAACUGCCACAGUACAUGAGGUGAUUCGCUCCCUUCAGCAUGCCGCUGAACAAGAUGAGAUUCCUCAGUUCCGCUUUAUUGAGAUCAACGGCAUGAAAAUGACAGACCCACACCAGGCCUACGUACAGAUAUUGCAGAAACUGACCGAUCAAAAGGCAACACCAGACCAUGCUGCCGCCCUACUGGAGAAGCGCUUCAGUGCCCCAGCUCCAAAAAAGGAGACCACUGUACUUUUAGUAGAUGAGCUUGAUCUCUUAUGGACCCGGAAACAGAAUGUGAUGUAUAACUUGUUUGAUUGGCCUACAAGACGCAAUGCACGUCUGGUGGUCCUGACUAUUGCUAAUACUAUGGACUUGCCUGAGAGAAUCAUGAUUAACCGAGUGGCCAGUCGACUGGGACUUACAAGAAUGUCCUUCCAGCCAUAUACCUUUAAACAGUUACAACAGAUUAUCACAUCAAGGUUAAAUAGAGUGAAGGCAUUUGAAGAGGAUGCUCUCCAGCUGGUGUCAAGGAAGGUUGCAGCACUUUCUGGUGACGCUCGACGUUGUCUUGAUAUCUGCAGACGGGCCACUGAGAUUUGUGAGCACUCUGCUAGUAAGCAGAACAGCAGUGGAUUGGUUGGAAUGAGUCAUGUGAUGGAGUCUUUGGAUGAGAUGUUCUCCUCUUCUUAUAUCACAGCCAUUAGGAGUGCCUCUGUUCAGGAGCAGCUCUUCUUGAGGGCUGUUAUUGCAGAAUUUCGCCGACUGGGUCUGGAAGAGGCCACUUUCCAGCAGGUGUUUGUCCAGCACCAGGCUCUGUGUCGUGUUGAGGGUUUGCACCCGGCGAGUGUGUCUGAAGGGCUGGCGGUCUGUCAGAGACUGGGUUCCUGUCGUUUGCUUCUUCUAGAAGGCAGCCGUCUGGACCUGCUUCUCCGUAUCCGCCUCAAUGUUAGUCAGGAUGAUGUACUUUAUGCCCUGAAGGCUGACUGAUACACUCUUGUUGCACAGUACUGUGAUGGCUCUACAUUAGGUGUAAAUCAGGCUGGUCUGAAUUGGUUUGGGAUUUCCCAAAAAAAUCACAGGCUCAAACUGGCAACCAGUUUGGAUCCCAGCUGAGUGCAUACAACUUUCUGGACAUUCAGAGAGCUGAUUUUAAAUAUUUUGUUAGGUGCUUAUUGGCCCCCACGAUUGGCCAAAAACAUUACCUUAUGAACCAUAUAUGAAAUUUAGUCCAGCAUCUGUUUUGAAUAAAUUCUAAUUUUUAAUUGCUUGAAGUUAUUCAUCUGUAAUCCU